AAAGAAAAUAAGAGAGAGAGAGAGCAGAUUGAAGAAAAGAAGAAAAAAUGUCAUCUUGGUUUUCUCUUCCUCUUACAAAUCCUUUCAAAUUCGAUGACAACGACGACGGUGCCGGCAGUGAAAAACCCUCAUCGCCGGAGGCGAAGGGUUCCGAUCCCAAUUCAUCCGGCAUAAAGGAAGAUUUCUCAGCCAUUUCUCAGACUUUCUCACAGCAUCUCCGCGGUGUCGCCGCCUUUCUUGCUCCGACAUCUCCGACUCAGUCGGAGCAAGAAUCGUCAACUGAAAAAUUUAGUGGAAUUAAGAGCGAUUUAGUGGAGAUUGGAGAUAGCUUUAAAUCGGGUCUAUCUUUGUUUUCUUCGAACAAAACUGUUUCAGAAAUUUCCAAGUUAGCUUCCAAUUUUUUACAGCUUGGUGAUGAGUCAAGUAAUCGUAAAAAUGCUGAAGAUGAAGAUGGAGAUGACGAUUAUGAUGAUGAAGAAGAAGAGGAAGUUGUGGGUAUUACGGAUGAAGUCGUGGAUUUUGUUAGCACAAUCUCACAGCGGCCUCAGUUGUGGACUGAUUUUCCUCUCUCUCUACCCAAUGAUUUUUCCAUGUCUGAUAAUCAGAAAGAACAUGUGGCAUCCAUUGUGCAGUUUGUGCCUGGACUUGAGUCCUUGAGGCAGAAGGUUUGCCAUGAAUUAUCUGAUCGGCAAUUUUGGAUGAUCUAUUUUGUUUUAUUGCUUCCAAGGUUGAAUGGGAAUGACUUGGAGCUGUUGUCAACUCCUGAGAUUGUUGAAGCAAGGGAGACACUUCUGCAGCAGUUGCAAAGUAAGAACUCUGAGACUGUUGAUGCAUCUGAGAAGGAUGUCAAGGUCAGUGGACAGCACGGGUCUGAAAGUAAAUUGGAGGAACAAAAUAUUUCAGCGGAGACUGCAAAAAAUGCCUCUCAAGAUAAAGAUAGUUUGCAUGGCGAGAAACGUCAAGAGCAGUUAGAAGAUGAAAAGACCAAGGAUACAACCUCAUAUGCUGAUAAGAAUGAGGACGACGUCUCUUUCAGUGAUCUUGAGGAUGAUGAUACCGAUAUAUCAGAUAAACUGCAAGGAAGCAAGCCCACACACAGAAAGAAAGUUUCCUCAUCUAGUGAAUCCCAUGAAUGGAUUCAACUAAAUGAGAACUCUAGAGGUCAAGGUAGUCAGCAGAAGGCUGGUCAAUCGAGUCACCGGGAUAAAGAUUCCGAAGGUGAGGAAUCCAGUGACUGGCUCACUGUUGAUGACGUUGAUUCAGACAGUUUGGCCGCUAAUUGAUUCCUCCAACUCUGUAAAUGUUUCUUCUAGUACUCUUAUAAAUUUAUCACCUUGUAGAUUUUUGUGGAUGUCUUUGAAAAUAAGUCAAAACAACCCCCUACCACUCCCCACCCCACCCCACCACCCCAACCCCAAAAGAAAAAAAGGAAGAAAAGAAAGAAAUAGAGAGAUCAGUUAACAUGAGUUCACAUGUCAGCUGACCUCCUUGGUGCCAGAAUUGGCAGAAACUGGUAUUGCUGCUUGUUGGUUUGAUUGUCACUUUCUUUAUAUUGUACAUGAUUUAUUACUGUUCUUUCAGAAUGCUGUUAUUUGUUUAGAUUAGUGAAUUCACCCAAUCAGUUA